UGCCCGGAUGAUGGCGGCCGCCUGGCGCGCGCUGGGCUGGCGGCUGCUGCUGCUGCUGCUGGGGCCCGGGGGGGGCUCGCGCGCCGCGCUGCCCCCGGCCCCGCCCCCGCCGCAGGACGCCGAGUUCACCUUCCUGCUGCCCGCCGGGCGGCGCGCGUGCUUCUACCAGGGCGCGCCGGGCAACGGCUCCAUGGAGGCCGAGUACCAGGUUAUCGGUGGUGCGGGCCUGGACAUCGACUUCUCCCUGGAGAGCCCCUCGGGCGUGCUGCUGAUCAACGAGUACCGGAAAUCGGAUGGGGUGCACACCAUUGAGCCCACGGAAGCAGGCGACUACAAACUCUGCUUUGAUAACUCCUUCAGCACUAUCUCGGAGAAGCUGGUUUUCUUCGAGCUCAUCUUCGACAGCCCCCAGGAGGACGAGGACGGGGAUAACUGGGCUGAGGUGGUGGAGCCGGAGGAGAUGCUGGAUAUGAAGAUAGAAGAUAUUAAGGAAUCCAUUGAGACCAUGAAGAACCGUUUGGAGCGGAGCAUCCAGAUGCAGACGCUGCUGCGAGCCUUCGAAGCCAGAGACCGCAACCUGCAGGAGAGCAACAUGAGCCGUGUCAACUUCUGGUCAGCCGUUAACCUGGGGGUGCUGGUGGUGGUGGCCUUCCUCCAGGUCUACAUGCUGAAGAGCCUCUUCGAAGACAAGAGGCACGUCCGAACGUAGCGUGAACGGGAGAGAAAUGGACUCCAUAUCUCCUGUGGGGGGGGGCAGGUACAGAGCCAGACUGGUCCUGAGGCUGGUGAAUUCAAAGCCAAACACCCCAGCACCUGAUAGCUCAACUGUGUAUAGCUCUGUCCAAUCGCUGCAGCUUCUCUUCUGGGCUUCCUUUAGCGGGAUUAAAUGGGCCUGUUUUGUACCAGAGCUCACGUUAGGUGCAUUGGAGCCAGAGGGCAUGGGGCGGGUGGGGGGUGGAUCACAGAGAUUUGACUGAUGGGAUGGGUUAAAACUGAUUCUCUAUGGACUUGAACCCCCUGGCUUGGGAGAAAAGGGGUUCUACAGCCACCAGCCUGUGCCAAAAUCCACAUCCCCGAGGAUGGGAUGAAGGAAGAGCAAAGCAGGGCAUGGUGGAUGGCAGCUGAGGGGAGCAGCCGGUGGUCUCGGUACCUAGUUCCAUCAGUAAAGCAGCCUCUGGUUCUGACCGUCGCCAAUUAUAGGUGGGCAGGAUCCCCUGGCCUGCAACCAACUUGCUCCUGGUCCUGAAUCUCUCCUCUCUUCUGCAUUUUUGUCAAAGGAGACGCCUCCUAUGUGCCUUAACAUCAGCUCUUGGCCUGCUUGGACCUUGGCCGCAGCCUUGCUGUGUCCUGCUGCCCCUUUAGCGCCUUGUUUCCACUGUCUUUUAGUAGAGAAGAUGGGGAAUUUCCCCCAUGUCUCCAGGGACUCCCCACGCUCUGGCCCCCUGUGCAGCAGUGAAUUGGCUCCAGUUGGCCUCCAUACUGACCCCCGGAGGAAAAGCAACCUCUUCGCUGUUUACUGCUGCAGUGCGGCUGGGGCGGGAGAGCCUUGGCUUUGGGUCCAGCCGUGUGGCUUGGUUUUGCUUAGGGCUGUGUGUAUAAUUUGCCCCCCUUUCCAUGGCAUCCCCUUUGCUCUGGAUAGCAAUGGAAGCCGCUGUAUGUGGAUGACAUUCACUUCCUUUGCUGCCCUGUUCCAAUUAGCACCUCUUACUUCAGGUCUCAUGGAUCAGAUCACAGGCCAGUUUCCUUCAGAUCAUGGAAGAAAAACCCAGUUCUGCUUCUCAGUGGAUUCUUCCCCUUCUGUGAUUUCCCUGCCUCUGGUGCCUUUUCUCACUGUCCUGUUUUGCCUUUCUGGUUUGAGAUCUUCGCUUCACUGGUACCUUAAGUGCAGCAGCACCAUGGAUCUGAGCGUGGCAGGGACUGCGGGCACCUUGGCAGUGGGGAAGGAGUGCGCCUCCUGCUGCGCGUAGGAGGAAGCGAUUGGCUUGGUUCCUCAGGACUGGAGUUGAGCAGGAGUUGCCAUUGCUUUAGACCCCAGUUCUGCCAAUACCUGGCUGCCCCUUUCCUGGGCUGAGCUGGUGUCUCUUCAGUGCUGGGCUCAGGAGGGGAGGGAGGUGUCUCGAGGCAGCAGCAGGGGUGUGGGGAAUUGCUUCCAGUCAACAGGACAAGCUGUAGACAGUGACUCCUGAGGGCACGGGGGGGUUGGUGAGAUUCCAUAUCAGCGGGUGGUUCUGGGCUGAUGGAAUCUGGAGCGCUUCGUGGCUGAGAGCCAGAGAUGCAGGAUCGUUAAGGAUUCACUGUAUUUGCUGGUCUGUGGGCAAUGAUCAUCGCUGUCAAUAGCCCCAUUCUCUGCCGUAGCAGAGGGGCUAAGGGUGAGAGGGCCGGGGAGAGCACGGAUUGAGACCCGUUGGUGAAAGGAAAGGCCGUGUUAGUGGGAUCUGCCUAGGACAGCCGGGUUCCCCGGGGCGGCUGAUCUGACCCCUCUCCUCAAGACUGACUGAGGAAGGGCUGCUACCGCCUGAUGAGGCCAGUGGUGUUGCUUUGUUACCACAGUAUGUGCCAAAGUGCCUUCCUCACACCCACCCUGACUGGGAAAAUAGCCCUGAUCUCCCCCUCACCACCUGUUGUGUGCCAGCCAAGGUGCCUCAAAGAGAGCUCUCCUGGAGAGACUCCAUGACAGUGCCUGCUUUGCCCCGUCACAGACGGGUGUUCUGACCUAGGGGGCCUGAGCGGUGGGUGAUUCCAGAAUCUCCUGCAGACACGGACCUGGCUUGGUGUUUUUUAACUUGCCGCAUACAGCACAAGUGGCUGAUCUCACCAAGACUCUGGAGAGAAGUGUAUGAAUGGCAGCCUGGAACCUGCCCUCGGUCUCGUCUCUUGUGCCCCGUCUCUGCGCUUUGGCCGGGGCUGACUCCAGCUUUGAGCGGCGAAACUGAGACUGAUUACACUUGACGCUGGGGCCCCUUUUCCUCCGACUCCCCCCGCCGGCAUUGGGACAGCCCAGUGAAGUUCUGAGCCGACUCUUGUGCUGGGAUUGUUUGCUGCUUAGUGCAAGCUGCAGUCUGGCUAGUCAGGAACAAAUGACGUGUGUGUAUGUGGGGCGCUGAUUUUGCUGGGUUUUUAAAUUACCAAAGGGCUAUGGAGCCAUUCUCUCUAGCAAAUACAUAUUGCUGAGCCUUUUCCAAAGGAAUCUAGUAUUUAUUCUUGAUGUUAAGAAAGAAAGGACAUUAAAUGAAGUUGUUUAAGAUG